CUCUUAAUUAACAAUCCUAGCGGUUGUCCUUAAUAGUUUCUUUUUUUGUUUCUUCAGCUGCAUAUACCUGAGCCUAUUCUUUAUCUCCCUCUCAGAUGGACUCCCUAUCACUUUCAGGUAUUUGCAGGCACCAGUUUUCACCCAUAACCAUGUUGGAUUUCAAUCAAUCCAAUCAUAGAAUAGAGAAGGCUGGUUUUGUUAGGAAACCGGAGAAGGGAGGGUUAACAAUCACUCAAGUGGCGAGUCCGUUGCGUCGGCCGGUGAUUGUUCCAUCGUUAGAUAACGAAACCGUAGACCGUCGUGAUCGGAACCACGUUGCAUGGACGAGUGUGAGACAAGAACGAUGGGAAGGGGAGCUAGUUGUGCAAGGAGAAAUACCUUUAUGGCUGAAAGGGACGUACUUACGAAAUGGCCCAGGUCUAUGGCAUAUAGAAGAUUACAACUUCCGUCACCUCUUUGACGGUUAUGCAACACUAGUCAAGCUCCAAUUCGAGAACGGCAUAUUAAUCGCGGGUCACCGACAAAUCGAAUCCGAGGCCUAUAAGGCUGCAAGGAAAAACAAAAAGGUUUGCUUCAGAGAAUUCUCAGAAGUACCUAAAUAUGAAAACUUCAUGGCUUAUGUUGGGGACAUCGCAAAGCUUUUCUCCGGUGCUUCAUUAACCGAUAACGCCAACACCGGCGUCGUCAAGCUCGGAGACGGCCGAGUAGUUUGCCUGACGGAAACUCAAAAAGGGUCCUUAGUUAUCGACCCUAACAGCUUGGAAACAUUGGGGAGGUUGGAAUAUAGUGAUAGUUUAGGGGGAUUGAUACACUCGGCUCAUCCCAUAGUGACUGAUGCCGAGUUCUUGACCUUGUUGCCUGAUUUGGUGAACCCUGGUUACUUGGUGGUGAGAAUGGAACCAGGGACAAAUGAAAGGAAAGUGAUUGGGAGGGUUAACUGUAGGAACGGACCAGCUCCCGGUUGGGUUCAUUCAUUUCCAGUGACUGAACAUUAUGUUGUGGUGCCUGAAAUGCCAUUAAGGUACUGCGCUCAAAAUUUACUCAGAGCUGAACCUACUCCAUUGUAUAAAUUCGAGUGGCGUCCUGAAUCUAAAGCCUUCCUUCAUGUUAUGUGUAAAGCUAGUGGAAAAAUCGUGGCCAGUGUGGAAGUGCCAUUAUUUGUUACAUUUCAUUUCAUCAAUGCGUAUGAAGAGGAAGAUGAAGACGGUCGGGUGACUGCUAUAAUCGCCGAUUGUUGUGAACAUAACGCUGACGCCACCAUUCUUGAUCAGCUUAGGCUUCAAAAUCUUCGCUCUUUCAAUGGCAAGGACGACUUAUUACCGGAUGCAAGGGUGGGAAGAUUCACAAUUCCGUUGGAUGGGAGUCCCUAUGGGAAGUUGGAGUCGGCUUUGGAGCCUGAUGAACAUGGCAGAGGCAUGGAUAUGUGUAGCAUCAACCCUACAAAGUUGGGUAAAAAAUACAGAUAUGCUUAUGCUUGUGGAGCCCAACGCCCAUGUCAUUUCCCCAAUACCCUCACCAAGCUUGAUUUAGUAAAGAAGAAGGCAAAGAAUUGGCAUGAAGCAGGAGCUGUGCCGUCUGAACCAUUCUUCGUGGCUCGGCCAGGGGCAACCGAGGAAGAUGAUGGAGUUGUGAUCUCCUUGAUUAGUGAGAAAAAUGGAAAUGGGUAUGCUUUAUUGUUAGAUGGAUCAACAUUUGAAGAAAUUGCAAGAGCAAAGCUCCCUUAUGGUUUACCAUAUGGACUACAUGGAUGUUGGGUACCCAAAGAAUAAAAAUCACUACUUCACCUUCCUCACAACCAGAAUCUUCUCAGGGUUCAUAUAUAAAUCAUGACCAAAUGCUGGUGAUAGCGUUGCCAUAUGAUAAUACAUAUGCAUUUGACAAAUUAAUAUGAAGAAAUAGAAAGAAAAGAAAAGGCACUAAGAACAAAAGAAACUAUAUAAUCAGCCAUGAGAGAAGUUUUGAACUUCACAACCGAGAUUAUCGACUGAUACAUACGUUUUUCCCCACUUGUGAAGUUAAAAAAACUCCAUUACCAAAGUAUGAAAUAGAAACUCUAAGAAAAAAAUAGAAUGUAUAGUUAGUUUGUGCCGUGCAGGAGUGAAAGAUAUGUAAGCAUUCUUGACAAUAUAUGUAAGCAAAAGUAAUAAACUAUCAAUCUUAUUAUA